AGGGGGCGGUAAGACACCUAAAAGCUGCUGUCUCCCGCCAACAACGACAACAACAAGAGAAGAAGACGAAGAAAGAAGAAGAAGAUGAAUAUAAAGUAUGAAGAUAAGCCCGGGCAGGCAUUCAGUAUUUGAUGUGUCUUGGACUCAUGUAAACAUGUGCAUUUGAGAAGGCAAGCUACGGGAAGCCAUGCAAAGCCAAACAAACACUGGACCAAACCCUGUGACCACAACAACCACAGAGCUACAGAUGGAGACCAGGACUGAAGCUCAGCCAGCACAAAGUGAACCACAUGCACAGCUGGAAGAGAGGGACCUAUUGACUUCAGACAGGCUCAAUCCUCCCAUAACAUCUCAGCCCCUUUUGCAGUGCCUCGAGUGCCACAUAAUCUUCGGGGAUCACAAGAGACAAGAACGUCACAUGAAGCUGAGCCACCCAGAAGAAUAUGAACAAUUCAUACUGAGGAAUUCCUUUUUUACUUGUUACGUUUGCAGCCUCCAAUUCACAAACUCCACAGAGCUCAAGGUCCACCAGAAGACCCACAUAGAGAAGAAACCCUACAAGUGUGCGAUCUGUGGACAGGCUUUCAACAGAUCAUAUCAGCUCACCCUUCAUAAGAAAAUUCAUCUAAGCAAGGAUGGUUAUCCAUGCACUGACUGUGGCAAAGCGUGCAAAACAAUAACAUUGUUGAAGUAUCACCGCCGCACACACACAGGAGAGAGGCCGUUUGUUUGUAAGGAGUGUGGAAGGAGAUUUGCCAUGUCCAAAUAUCUGAAGAAACAUAGCCUGUCACAUUUAAAAACGAGUGCUAAGGGAGAUGGGGGAAAUAUCUCAGAUGAAGCACAAGAAAAGAAAGAUGAUGGUGGUUCUGAAAACAGUCCUUGUUCUACAUUCAACACCACUUUGAAGAGCACCAACUCUCUGCUGAAUCACAUGAAAGAAAAGCAUUCUUCGCUGCCUGCUGAAACCAGUGAGGCUCCUCCUGCUGGACACCAAAUAAAACAAAGUACACCCAUUAUUUCUCAAUCAGUCUCCCAACCUCUGCAGCUGGGGGCCCAUGGACCUCUGCAUAAAGAUGGUGCCGUUAUGGACACAGAGCAGAUGCGCAGACACUCUGACUCUUUGAAAAUAAUGCAGGAGAUAAUCAUUAAAAAAGAAAUAAAGGUUGAAGAGGAAGACAACUGGGACACGUCUGUUUGCAUCACACCAAAAUUGACUGCUGACCAGGAGCUGUACCUGAAGACGGAAAUGAACACUGCAAGACAGGGUUUGAACCCUGUUGCAGAGCACGGAGUUCAGCUCCUUAUGAGCCAGGGGAUCGAAAUCAAAGAGAUCAUCUUAGAUCCAUCGCUGGCUGAUGCAUCAUCACUGGACUCUGAUGUAAGGACAGUCCUGGUGAAGGAGGAGUACAGCCAUGUGCUGAAUGAGGCUCAGGCCACACAGGACAGUAGUAUCUGCUGGAGUGUGGAGCCAGUAAAUGUUGGAAACACCUCAAGUCCAAGCAAACAGGGCAGCCUUGCAUGUAAUGAUUGUGGACUGAAGUUUAUCGACCGGCAGAUCUUUGAGACUCACCUGCACCAGCAUGCUCUAGAAGAGGAUGAGGAGGCAGAGGAGGAGGAACCUGAGACAAGAGAGGACAGGGAUCCUUCAGCACAACUGGACUGUACAAAGGUGGAUGAUGGCGAAACCAAGGAUGACGACACAGGUGGUGAUGAAAAUGUGUCCACCAUGAGCAGUUCAUUGGAAUCAAAACCCUCAGGCUUAACACCUGGUGGUGGAGUGGAAGGAGUUUUGAUGAAGAAUGGACUUCAUUCCUGUUUGGUGUGUGGUAAAGUUUAUAAAUACCUGAUUUCAUUCAGGAAACACCAGCAGCAGCACAACAAAACCGCUCCUUCAAGUAAUAGUGUCCAAAAAGGGUCUAAAUAUGAGUGUCCAGACUGCGGGAUGGACUUUAUCAGGAAAGCACGGCUGAUUGGUCACAUGAGAACUCACUGGUCACGUGGACCAGUAAACUUAGAAUCUCUCAAAUGUGAUCAGUGUAACAAAAGCUUUACCACUGAAAAGUCCUGGGAGUCUCACAUUAAGCUCCAUAAACGAAAACCAUUUUGGUGUGUGAGUUGUUCAAAAGGGUUUUUCAAUGAACAGUCACUAGAGAAACAUCAGCUGAGACACGAUCAGAGAAAACAUACCUGCAAUAUUUGCAGCAAGAGCUUCAUUCUGCACACACAGCUUAUGCAUCACCACAACACCCAUACUGGAGCCAAACCUUUCCAGUGCACAGUCUGUGGGAAAGCAUUUGGGCAUCCUUUAAAUCUGAUUAAACACCAAAAAAAACAUGUUAGAAUUUAUGCCGGAUCCAGUGGGAUGCAUCUGGGGUUGAAGAAAUCUGCAAUUAUUGCAAAGAAGCUAGAGAUUAAAAAGCAGAGACAAACUUUCACUAGUGUUGCUGAUGAGUUGGAUGCAAACAUGAGUGAGCAGCCAGACAUGGGAGAUUGGGUGGAGGAGAGCAGGACACCAAAGGGCUAUGUAGGUGCUGAGUGUGGGGACAGUGUGUACUCUCCAGACUUUGACUGCUGGGAGCCAGUACAUCACUGCAACACAUCAAAGCCACCUGGUUCAGCUGCAUCUGAUGCACAUCAUGAAUCCACGUUUGAAACCUUGCAGCCACAAACAGGACACCAGUUACACAAAAUGGAGACACAAGACACAAUCCAGUAUGAAGAUCACAAGUAUUGUGAAUGGGAGUGUUGUGUUUGUGAUAUGGGCUUUGAGGAAGUAGCAGAGCUGCAUAUGCAUUAUAUAAAGCAUGCUACUGGGGAGCUGCCGAUUCCACAUGAUGAUCUAUUGGGUUGAAAGCUCACAUAGGUCAUAUUUUCAUACUGGUGCAGAGGGCUUAGUGACAGAGUGGACAGUUUAGUUUUAAUCAAUAUGUAUCGAGUGUUCUUGGAGUUUUUAGUCUUUGCUCAUUGUUCACAUUGAGGAGAAAUACCAAUGUACUGUUGAUUAUUGGUAUGUGCAAGAGAGGAAGCCUCAAAAGUUCAAAGACUGAUGCAGGGACAUUAUUUUACAGAUUUCUGUUCAUUUGUUUUUCUUUUUACUGAGAUAAGAUGGACAUUGUGUUAAGGUGACAAUCUGAGAAUCCAACUGAAGUUAAUCUACCUCCUUGUAUGUUUUACACCUAAUAAAAUGUAACGCAUAAAAUUA